AUGGCGCGCAAGAAGGCCGAGGCUCAGCAGCUCCAGAUUAUUAUUUCAAACGACCAGGAUUGGGAAAAUGCUUGUAAGAGGACGGGGCUACUAGUCGUGGACGUGUACCAGGAGUGGGCGGGUCCAUGUUCCAGCAUGACGGGGCACCUUCGGAGGAUCAAGCUGGAACUCGGAGACGAAUUCCUCACCUUGGCCAUGGCCAAGGCAGACAACAUCAGUGUCCUAGAGAAGUUUAGAGGGAAAGCCGAACCUACCUGGCUUUUCCUGGGGUGUGGGAAGCCCCUGGGAGUGAUCCACGGCGCCGACGGUCCCAAUCUGCUGGCCACCAUCAGGGUGCUGCUGAAGAAGGAGAUCUCGAUCAUCAAGGGCCAAGGAGGGGCGCGGGACGUGGUCCUUCUGGAGUCCCUCGUGAAGCCUGAAGAAGUGUUAGAACCCGACGAGGACUUGGACGACGUGGAGGGCGAAAUGCAGAACUUGGGUGGUUUCCUCGACGAAAAGACGGAGACCUUCCUCUCGAACGUCGUGGCUGCAGGUGAGGUCCGUGCGGUGGGCGUCCUGAAGGCGGGCUUGGCCUUUGGGCGUGCUCUGAUAUGUCGAUGUGUUGCUUAG